AUGAUUGGGCUGAUUGCUGAAAUACCUUGUAAGGUAAAUGAGCUUGUGUUCCUCCGACAUCAUUCAUACAACACUAAAUACUUCUUUUUCAUUCCACUGUUCUUGAAAAAACUUAUAUCUAUCUAUCUAUCUAUCUAUCUAUCUCAGUCUGUUCAUAUUUAUCUAUCUAUCCCAGUUUGUUCAUAUCUAUCUAUCUAUCUAUCUAUCUAUCUCAGUCUGUUCAUAUCUAUUUAUCUAUCUAUCUAUCCAUCCAUCUAUCUAUCUAUCUCAUCUAUCUAUCUAUCUAUCUAUCUAUCUAUCUAUCUAUCUAUCAUAUCUAUCUAUCUAUCUAUCUAUCCAUCUCAGUCUGUCCAUAUCUAUCUAUCUAUCUAUCUAUCUAUCUAUCUAUCUAUCUAUCUAUCUCAGUCUGUUAUUUAUUUAUCGAUCUAUCUAUCCAAGUUUGUCCAUAUCUAUCUAUCUAUCUAUCUAUCUCAGUCUGUUCAUUCAUUUAUUUAUCUAUCCAUCCAUCUAUCUAUCUAUUGUUUAUAUCUAUCUAUCUAUCUAUCUAUCUAUCUAUCUAUCUAUCUAUGUCAGUCUGUUCAUCUAUCUAUUUAUCUAUCUAUCCAUCCAUAUUUAUCUAUCUAUCUGAGUCUGUUCAUAUCUAUCUAUCUAUCUAAUUGUAUAAGAGUUGAAGAGUUCAUCUAUUUAUCUAUCUAUCCAUCCAUCUAUCUCAUCUAUCAUAUCUAUCUAGCUAUCUAUUCAUAUAUUAUCUAUGUAUAUUAUCUCAGUCUGUUCAUUUAUCGAUCUAUCUAUCCAAGUUUGUUUAUAUCUAUUCAUCUAUCUAUCUAUCUAAUUGUAUGUAUAUCAUUGUAUCUAUCUAUCUAUCGUUAUAUAUUUCUAUCUAUCUCAGUCUGA